UCCAGUACGGUAAAGUAGGUAGACAAUUUUUGAGCAAAUCAAGUGUAAUUUCAAAACAACAUGGCCCGCAACGCAAUGCUUUCCCGGAUGGAAACUAUCUGUACCGAGGUGAUGGGAAUGCCGGAGAUUUUUCUCGAAGAUGACGACGAAACCGACGACAAUGAUGGAUUGGAUGAGCCGGACGAAGAAUUAGUGGAGGACAUUCCAGCGGAUGCAGAUGAAGAUCUCGAGACAGAAGAUGCUGAAAAUUCUAGCGAUAAAAUAGGAAAUCGCUCAGACAAAGAGAAGGGCGUAUCUGUUAAGGUUAACUGUGAUGACAAAAAACAGCAACGAUAUGCUAAAUGGAUAUCACGAGCUCUGCGCGCAGCAGUAAACCCUAUUGUUUCCAGAUUUAAUCUAAACCUAAAGGUUAAUCUCGAUCUAAAUGUGGCCAAUAAAGGCAAAACUAGCAAAGAGACAGAUGAUCAAAGCAAAACCAAACCGGCAGAAUGUAAGAAACCGAACCCCACCCCGGACCAGCUGAGGAGGCGUGCCGAGCUCACUCGAAUUAGAGAACUUGAAAAGGAGAACAAAAGCCUUGAAAAAGUGUUUAGAAAAAUCGUAUCAGAAUACACGGAUAUGAAGAACAAACUAACUCAAAAAAGUGGAGAAUUGGAAGAGUAUCAACAAAAGCUAUCCUGCAUGGAAUCAAAGAUCAGUCAGUUAACAGCCAGCAAUAGCUCACUCGAGAAAAAAAUAGCAACUGAACGAGUUAAUAGCAGUGGCAUGCAAGAGAACAUUUCCAAAUUGAAAAAAGAAAUCUCCAACUCCCAGAACGAGGUAGAGUCAUCAAACAAACAAAUCGUAAUUAAGACAGCUGAAGUCGAACGACUAGAGAAUAAACUAGCUGAACUGCAGAAACGGUAUGAAGAUGAAAUAAACCAAGUACAGGAAAAAUUAUCAGAAGUUCUCAAACAAAAACAAUCCAUCCUAACUACCAAGGACGCAGAAAUCAUUUGCUUGACUGAGCAGCUAAGGCUUCUGCAGGAUGACAAGUCUCAAUCGGAGAUCAAAUAUCAAAAGACACUUCAGGAGCACACACAGCAGAGAACACAAAUGGAGCUGAAAAACGUAGAACUGAUGCAGCGAAAUCGUGAACUGAGUUCCUUCGCUAAUAGAGAAACAUCGCAAACGGGUAAUCAAACUAAGAGAGAGCCCUCGGGGCAAAUUUUGGCGUCUAGCUAUUCGUGCCCAAUAUGUGCAUGUAUGUUUAAAAACUUGGGUGAUCUGCAAAUCCACACCGAAAAUUGUGGUACUUGACCUCGUUGAUUUGAUUGAAGUUGAAGAGCUUGAGUUUCCAUAACCAUAGGUAUUAAAACUUUUUAUUAAGUAUACAUGUAAAAAUUCAUCAUGAACAGUAAAAAAUAUAGGCGAAGUAAUGCCAAUCUUCAAUAAGGCCGGAAUCAUUCCUUUGUAAAGUCCCUGAACUUCUUCCUUUCGAAUAACCUCGUGCAUACAAUGAAGCAUAUGUCUACACAUGAAAUGCUGCCUAUUUCGGGCAAGGCCGUCAGUAUGGAACACCAACAGAACACUGUGGUUUUGUGAAAUUUUAAAUAUAAGUUGAAUGCAGAUUUAUCUCUAACUAGCUAAUAUUCGUCGCGCCUUGCUGCCACAAUCAACGAAAUAGGAAUAAAACACAAUUUGUUCCGAAGCGACAUCGACAUCCCCAAUCAAUAGCACACAAACACGCUCCAUAACAAAUGUCU